AUGGAUUACACACACUACACUCAGGAUGGACGGGCUCAAUUUCUACACCCUUUUUCUUUUUGCAACAAAGCUAACAUUCAGUUUAUCAAUGUGGGUUUUUUUGUCACACAUCAAAUGGAGUCUUUUCCUGAAACACCGUUGGUUGAACUUUCUCUGGGCUGCUGGACUGGAACUGGAACUGGACUUCACUGGACUGGGAUACAAAGCAUUGUGUCAACUUUUUCCAGCGCGUGUGCUCGUGCUUGCGAGACUUUCCUGAUUGCAGGCUAUGCAUUGCUGCAUGUCCUGGACACGGUCGAGGAAUCGAAGAACUUUUGGAAUGGGGAGGAAUGGCAGUGUUAUGAUUACUUACCUGAUCUGGAAUACAGGGUGGUGAGGGUGCCUGCUAGUAGGGUUGGGUAUAUGGUGCCGCCGUCGGAGUUGGUUUUUCUCGCGGGGUGA